UAAAGUAACCCUUAAAAUCGAAUCCUCAAAAGCCUCACAGCCCUUUAGUUAACCCUACACUAAUUAAGGGCUUCUAGACCUUCAAUUCACGUUCAAAGCCACACCCAUCUCCUUCGAAACAGAGGAAACUUAGAGAAGAACACAAUUUCAUCACUUGAAUAGGUACCAAUCAUUUAUAACGUUUACUUUUCUAUUUCUUAUGCCCAAGCAACAGAUUAUGGGAUUUUGAACUCUUUUUUGGGGGUCAUAAUAAAUAAUAACUUUGUUUUGGCAGUAGAAGUAGACAGCGUUGGGUAAAAAAUGCCUCUUUAUGAUUGUAUGUUGCUGGCAAAACCACAUGUGAAAAAAGAAGCGUUCAUGGAUUUGGUAGCACGAGUUGGCAAGCAUGUUUGCAGUAGAAAUGGGGUUGUUACUGAAAUCAAAUCAUUUGGAACUGUUCAGUUGGGCUAUGGUAUCAAGAAGCUUGAUGGAAGAUUCUUUCAGGGUCAAAUGAUGCAGCUGACUAUGAUGGCUACACCCAACAUCAAUAAGGAGCUACAUUAUCUGAACAAGGAAGAUAGGCUACUGCGUUGGCUUUUGGUUAAACACAGAGACACAAAAUAUGGGCUGGAUUUUCUUAGUGAAGAAGAUGGAAAUGCUGAGCUUAGCAAAUUUCCCCUAAGCAGCAUCUAUGAUGAUGAGGACCUUGAUGAAGAUGACGACGAUGAUGAUGAAUAUGUUGCAGAGCAAGAGGAAAGAAAAGAUUAGUGAUAAAAUGUGUUCAUCCUUUUUCUAGUAAGGUUGAGAUCGUCUUUUUUUGUCAGUUAACAGUAAUUAAACUACUGAAUCAUAAUCCUGGUGCCCACCAUUAAUCUAGUGUGAACUUUAAGUUAAGUUCUUCUAGACCUAUUUGCUUGUUUUUGGCUCCUAAAUGAAAAGACCUAAGAGCAACUCUUUUCUGGGA